UACUCACACCCUCACUGUAGUUACUAGUUCCUUCUACUUCAUGCUCGCUCCGACAGAGAUCUAACACUUACGCCAUCUUCUUCGGCCGGGGACGCCGUCGUUUUUGCUCUUGUCCGCCGUCGGGACAGGCGUGAGGAAGGAGCAGGGACAUUCGCCGCCGGCGAGGCUCGAACACUCUCUCUGCCUCAGAGCUCGAUCUGCGGAGUUCGCUGCUUUCGAGGUGGCGAUGGGCUUUCGAGCUCGAUCAUGGCUUCGUUCUUGGUCGAUAGUCAUGGCAGAGACCGAUGAUGGAACACUGUGAGAGGUGAGAUGGAAGGAGUCAGCCCAACUUGUGCGUCGCAAUGUUUCCUGCUGUUGAUUUGCUUAACACGGAUUAACAGAAGGGUUAAGUAGUAAAGUGUGCACCGAAAUUCAUUUUUGGCUUGUGCUUUGUUGAGAAAUGAAGAAAUGGUCGGGGGGCAUGUUGAUUGUAGCUCUUGCUACCAUCUUGGUGAUUCGUUACAGCCUGGUAGGGAACAAGGUGACCAAGCAGCAGAAGCAGUCUGCAUAUGAUUUCUUUAAUAAGCAUCCUAGGGAUAAAUCUCAAAUGAAAGACGAUGGUUCUUCUCUGUCCGAUCAGAAACCAACGGAGAAGCCCACUCUUGUCAAUUAUAAAGGACUAGAUGACCUAUAUGGCUUGAGAAAUAUUUCAGUCGAAAAGCAUAAGUAUCUUCUUGUGUGGGCUCAGAUGCGGAGGCUGCUUUCCAGGUCGGAUGCACUACUAGAAACGGCUAAAGGAAUACGUGAGGCCUCCGUCGCGUGGAAGAAUUUCUCUGCUAUUCUGUACAACAAGGAAGCCUCCCAGGCUAGUAUUAUCAACAUCAGUGAAGAUAGAAAUUGCCCACCGUUUGUGAGUAGAUUUAGGAAGACGAAUUCAAGCAAUGGAACUUUCCUUGAGUUGCCAUGUGGGCUAAUUGAGGAUUCCUCAAUUACACUGGUUGCCAUUCCUCAUGGUGGCCAGGGAAGCUUUCAUAUUGACCUAAUACGAUCGCAAAUUUCUCAAGAGGCUGAUGCGCCUAUCGUUUUGCGUUAUAAUGUGAGUUUGCCUGGAGAGAAUAUGACAGAGGAACCAUUUGUCGUGCAAAAUACCUGGACUGAUGAAUUUGGAUGGGGUAAAGAGGAGAGAUGUCCUGCUCAUGGAUCUGUUAACAGCUUGAAAGGUCUUAUGCUGGAUGGACUUGCUCUUUGCAAUGAACAAUUGAUUAGGGGCACUGUAGCAGAAAAUUUGAAUGCAAGAGGCAAUGAGAGUUUGACCAAUGUAUCUAGAAGUGUCCAUGCUAGUGCCAAUUUUCCAUUUGCAGAAGGGAGUUUAUUCACCGCCACGAUAUGGGUUGGUCUGGAGGGUUUCCAUAUGACAGUUAAUGGAAGGCAUGAAACAUCAUUUGCUUACAGGGAGAAACUUGAACCAUGGUCAGUUAAUCGAGUCGAAGUGGUUGGUGAUUUGGAUGCGUUAUCGACUAUAGCUGAAGGUUUGCCUGUAUCUGAGGAUCAUGAUUUGUUUGUUGAUGCCGAGCAUCUCAAAGCUCCGUUAAUUACCAGGAAAAGACUUGUGAUGUUGAUUGGAGUUUUCUCAACUGGAAAUAAUUUUGGGAGACGAAUGGCUAUAAGGAGGUCUUGGAUGCAAUAUGAAGCCAUACGGUCUGGGGAUGUAGCUGUUCGAUUUUUCAUUGGUCUUCACCAAAACAUGCAAGUAAAUGUUGAGCUGUGGAAAGAAGCUCAAGCAUACGAGGACAUCCAGUUCAUGCCUUUUGUGGAUUAUUACAGCCUUAUCAGUUACAAGACAGUUGCAAUCUGCAUUAUGGGGACGAAAAUCGUUCCUGCCAAGUAUAUCAUGAAAACAGAUGAUGACGCUUUCGUGAGGAUCGAUGAAGUACUGUCAAAUCUCAAGGGAAAACCAUCUAAUGGUCUCUUGUACGGUCUCAUAUCUUCCGACUCAUCUCCCCAUAGAGAAAAGGACAGCAAAUGGUAUAUCAGUGAGAAGGAGUGGCCACAUGAUAAGUAUCCUCCAUGGGCUCAUGGUCCAGGUUAUAUAAUCUCUCGAGACAUUGCAAAGUUUAUUGUUCGGGGCCACCAAGAAGGAGAUCUUAAGUGGUUUAAGCUAGAAGAUGUUGCGAUGGGCAUAUGGAUAGAGCAGUUCAAGAACAGCGGCAAGGAAGUGCACUACAUAAAUGACGAAAGAUUCUAUAAUGCUGGAUGUGAAUCGGAUUACAUUCUUGCACAUUAUCAAGGCCCAAGGAAGCUGCUGUGCCUCUGGGAGAAGCUGCAGAAAGAGCACCGGCCCGACUGCUGCGAAUGAAGUUCAUCUCUCAUGUAAAUAGUGGCUUCGAUCUUGCAUGAAAAAAACCCAGAAAGCCUCAACAGAAUCGCUGUUUUUCUAGUGGCAAGGGAUAAUUUUCCACACGAGUCCCGAUGCCACGGUUUUUACCUCAAUUGCCAAAAUGGAGUAAUGACUUGCGAAAUUUCAUUAAGCUUUGUGGUUGGAUGGUCUGAAA